ACCUAAACAAAUAAUAUUAUCUGUAUCUAAACAAACUAUCAACUAGUAAUAAGUAAACAUACUAGUUAGUAUAAAUAGAAGUAAGAACCAUGUAAUAAGUAAGUCUUAAGAGUCACUUGAAUAAAGGAAGAAGUAACAGCUUAAGCUUGUUUUUUAAUUCAACCUUAUUUCAUACUCGUAUAAUUGGCGCAGUCACGCAGUUGUGUAUCUUAAGAAAUACAAUAAAAGUUUACCUAUCGCGAAAGUGAAUAAAAUAAUAAACUGUUAAGGUGAAAUUUAAAUAAAAUUAAAUUAAAAUAAAACGUAAAAAUAAGUGACAUUAACGCAGACGCAGUAUUUCAAAGUUGUGAGAAGAUAUAAAAAAAAAUGUAUUUUUGGAAAUCAAUACACGGAUAAAAUAAAACAUGAGCCGCUUCGACGCCAACAGGAACGUUGACGAAAGGGAUGGACAAAGCAGCAAUCAACAACAACAAUUGGAACAAAUGGCAAAUGUCAUUAGGCAACAAGAGGAAGCAAUUAACCAAAUGAGGCUACAAUUCGAGAACGAGAUGCAGACACAAUCAUUAUUAAACACGAAGGAGCUGUUACAACAAUUUAGACAGCUAAGGUGUUUGGACGAGGGGCAUAAUAUAAUGGCGUUUAUAAAAUUAGUGGAAGCCAUCAUCAACUUAUGUCCACAAAACAACCAACUAUUGAUAAACCUUGCGAUGAAAAUAAUAGCUAAAGAAAAGAUCCUGGGAGAUGCAGGGAGAUACAUACAAGAACUAGGCGACAACCCAACAUGGCAAGAAAUUAAAACUAAAUUAACACAACAAGGAAGACCAAAGACAACAUAUGGUGACAUCUUUAACAAAUGCAGAAAUAUAAAAAAACAACAUCAGCAGCAUCAACAGCAGUACCAACUACAACAGGAUCAAACUAACGAUGAUGGCGAAACAAAUGAUGCGCCCGGCUCAUCGAAUCACACCGAUACGCAUGGUAGCGUCGGUGUGCCGACACUGCCUGCAGCAGCGUUAUCUCUGUCAGCAACAUCCAAAGGCCAACAAUUUCGCUUAUUACACGGGCGCCGCUGAAACGGUGGCAGCAACGGCUGUCACAGCUGCAACGCACCGAUAUGCUGACGCAGCAACGCCACCACUACCACCCCAAUCACAAACGUUGGCGCCAUCAUCAGCUGUGGCGGCCUCACCACACCAGCAACACUAUGCCACGAGCAACGCAGUGGCGCCAUUGUCCGAUGCCAUUCACCACCAGCAGAUGCAGCUACAGCUACAACAACAAUACGAGCAGCGUUAUCAACUGCAAACAGCCUAUUAUCAUCAGCAACAGCAGGCGUCGCCGUCUCAAUCGCAGCAAGAAGACCAACAUCCGUCUACACAAUACCUACAUGCGGUGGCCACAACAACAACAGUAAAUCAACAUGCAGCGCGCAGCAACAGACGAGCAACGCAGUCGACAGCCACACACCACACAACGAACACAUCACAAGCAGCAACAACAACAACCGUGUCAACGAACGUCAUCAGUUACGCAAAGCUCUGACCAACGAGGCCUCUCCCGCAUACCACAUGCCCAAGAUCGAGCCAGACUCGAGUCGUCUCUCCGACUUCGGCAUGCUGGUAACUUCCUUUCGGAUUGGCGGCAUGGCAACGAUCGACUGGGACUCGAUUCGUCUCAGCGACAUUGUCCGGACCGAACCAGACUCGAUUCGUCUCGUCGGCCACCCCAUCCGAAGCGAAGGCUUGGACGAGACGCUCGACGUCAAGCAGAUGCAGGCCGUAUCAUCAAGGAUAGGCAAGCAACACUACGGACGUUUACUCCCGGCUCAUGUUGCCCGGGUUACAACCAGCGGCAAUGAGCCAACUCAUCGCCCAAAAUACGUCGCUGGGUUAUAUCAUAUCCGGCGUCAUCUAACAUCGGCACAAUAAAGUGCACUGGCUGUCAACGCCUCUCACAUUCACCACCUACCCAGGAUCGAGUUAGACUCGAGUCGUUUCGCCGACCUCGGAAGGUGUUGACUUCUAUGUAAAUUGGCGGCUUGUCAAUGAACGACUGGGGUUCGAUUCAUCUCAGCGGCAUUUCCCGGACCGAACCAGACUCGAUUCGUCUCUUCGGCCACCCCUUCUGCAAAGAAGACAUGGAAGAGAAAGUGCAGGAGCCAGUUAGUUAAGUUAGUUUUAAGUAAUUUAUUGUAAACUGCAUUUGCAGUAAUACUGCAAGGCGGGGAGAAUGUUGACGCCGCCCCCGCCCAAUUUCUUUUGCCACGUCUGUAUCGGCAGAGCAAUCUUUUCCUUUUCUCUUUUCGAAGUUUUAAUUCGCGCGCAACUAAACACUUACUAAAAAGUUGCGCGCUCUCUCCUUUUGCGACCGCUUAGCGAUACAGACGUAGGUAAGUGUUUGUCCAAUUUAUUAUAUUUAAAUACACAUAUUAUAUGAAAUUUUUGGUUUUUUAUUUAAUAUUUUGUGGAAUCAUUUGCGCCGACCGUUUCCCCACGGCCAACCACAUCUACGGAACGAGCGAGCACCGUGCUCCACCACCCGAAUUAUCACUUAUAUUUAUAAGCCAUAUAGGGUAGACAGAGAUUUAGUU